CUGUUUCACUACCACUUUCUUGACCAUGUUUCACCAUGUUUAUGUUCUCUCUUUGCUAGUACUCCUAGCAAUCAACAAGGUUUCCGCAGUGGACUACACUGUCACCAACAGAGCCAGUGCAACCGCUGGUGGAGCCCGAUUCACCAGGGACAUCGGGAUCGAUUACAGCAAGAAAACACUCGCAUCUGCCACAGAUUUCAUAUGGAGAACCUUAAAGCAAUCUAAUGCCGCCGGCAGAAAAAAUGUUCAAACAGUCAACUUAUUCAUAGAUGUCAUGGGUGGUGUUGCCUAUGCAAUCGACAAUGAAAUCCAUGUUAGCAACGAUUAUAUAGGAAACUAUUCAGGUGAUGUCAGAAGAGAAAUCACUGGGGUGCUUUACCAUGAAAUGGCACACAUAUGGCAAUGGAAUGGUAAUGGAAAAGCACCAGGAGGACUAAUUGAAGGGAUUGCUGAUUUUGUAAGGUUGAAGGCUAAUUAUGCACCUAGCCAUUGGGUGCAAGCAGGGCAAGGUGACAGUUGGGAUCAAGGUUAUGAUGUUACAGCUAAGUUUCUGGACUACUGUAAUGGUCUUAGAAAUGGGUUUGUUGCUAAACUUAACAAGAAAAUGAAGACUGGUUAUAGUGCUCAGUACUUUGUUGAUCUGCUAGGGAAGACAGUUGAUCAGCUUUGGAAAGACUACAAGGCCAAGUAUGGAAAAUAGAAGAGCUUGGCUAACUAAGAGCUGAAUAUUUGAAAAGUUACACUUUUAGCAGCUCGCAUCAAUAUACACAUCCUAUGAUCCUAAAUAAAAUUUGAAUAAAAUCCUUUUCAGAUGGGCAAAACUUAUUUCA